AAGAAUUUGACGUAUGUAGAUUGUGUACGUAUUCUAAUAGUUUUCACGUUCAGUUAAACACUAGUAGUUUAAUCUUAUAGUGUUUUUUACAGUAAUUAAAUGACGACUGUACCAUAAUAAGUAAACAAAAGUGUUUAUAUGUAUGUAGUAUUAAAUUAUUUAAAUAUAAAAAAAAAGCCAACAACGACGUGAAAUGGCAGCGGAGAUAAAACCUGCGCCCGGCGUCAGUAAUGACAAAUUCAGUUCAAGUCGUAAACCAAUAUUACUCUCUAAAUUAGAAGGCUGCAAUGACGAUGUCAAUGCUGCAAUUAUUAUUCCUCGAGAAGAAGGUGUUAUUAGUGUUAGUGAUGACAGAACUGUCAGAGUUUGGUUGAAACGAGAUUCAGGUCAAUAUUGGCCAAGUGUUUGUCAAUACAUGGCCUCAGGAGCAACAUCGAUGCAUUAUCAUGUAGAAACUAGGAGAUUAUUUGUAGGACUGGAGAAUGGAUUUGUUGAUGAAUUCUUGUUAGAACAGGACUAUAAUCGAAUGACAGCAAUGAGAGAAUAUUCAGCUCAUCAUGGUCGAGUUACGGGAGUUAUUUUCUCGUCCAUUCAUGGCUGGGUCAUGAGUGUGGGAAGAGACAAAUUAUUCCAACUGCACUGUUCAGAGAGCGGAAGAAAUUUAGGUUCCUACGGAAAAGCCAAGUACAGAGAUUCAAGUAUCAAUAGUAGUUGGUACACAACAUUACAAUUUGACGAGCAAUCAAAAUAUGCUUUUGUCGGUGAUUAUGCGGGUGAAAUUACCAUGCUAAAGAUUGAUAGUACAUCAAUAACAUUAGUAGCAGUUUUUGGAGCAGAUAGUGGAAGUAUCAGGUCACUUGCUUGGGAUGCUGAGAAGCAGCUAUUAUUCUCUGGCAGCUUUGAUCAAACUAUUCGAGUCUGGGACAUUGGUGGUCGUGAAGGAACUGCUUAUGAACUUCAUGGGCAUCGUAACAAAGUUACUGCUUUGUGCUAUGCACGUAAUGAACAAGUACUUUUUUCUGGAGGUGAAGAUGGAGUUAUUGUGUGUUGGAAUAUGGCUGAACCUAGAAAAGAAGCUGCUGUAUGGAAAGAGUCAGACACGUGCCAGUCUUGUGGAAGACCGUUCUUUUGGAAUAUCAGAGGAAUCAUGGAUCAACGACAACUAGGACUGAGGCAACAUCACUGUCGACAUUGUGGACGAGCAUUAUGUGCUCAAUGUACAACGCAACGUAUUCCAAUUCCUGCCAUGGGUUUUGAAUUCGAAGUUAGAGUUUGUGAUCCGUGUCAUAUUCAACUAAAAGCUUCAAACCAAACAGCAAUGGCAUCAUUUCAUGAUGCUAAACAUAACAUUACCUCAAUGGAUCUUGAUGUAUCACGGCGCAAAUUACUAACAGUUGGUCAGGAUCGUAUAAUGAAAAUCUGGGAUAUCACUGCUCUUCUUCAAUAGCAAAUCAACGUUUUUUUGAUGAAAAAACAUGUGAAAUAUUUGUAAUUGAUAAAGACAAACAUUAUCAGCUUUUUACUAUCUGACACUGCUUCUUGUAAAACUCAAUUUAAACAGUGUUUAUGCAUCAACGAAAAAUUUAAAAAGAAAUUCACAAAUAUCUUAUAAAAUAUUUUUAUGAUGAUUGGAUUCUUCAAUUUUUUUUUUUCUUUUUUAUAAUCAUAAAAAAUUAAGUUUAAUCAGUAAUUAAUGUUUAACUGUAUAUAAUAUUCCAUUUUCGCCGGGAAAUUUCUACUUUUAUGCAAUUUUCAUCGCCUAAAAAGCAAUAAAAUAAUCAACUGUUGAUUGUUUUUUGUUGAAAUAUCACAUUGUUUAAAUUUUACUUGUUUUUUUUAUUAUCAUAAACGUUAUUUCUUCACUAAUUGUUAAAUUUGAAUUAAAUCGUCACAGUCACUGAUAAUAUUACUUUAUAUAAUCAUAGCAAUUAAUUUUAUUGUUUGUUGUGAUUGUCUUGUUUAAACAAAAAAAAAAGAUACACGGUGACUCAAUAUUCAGCAAUAUUGCGCUUCCAUAAAGAUAACGAUAUAAUAAUAAAAAGAUAUUUAGGAAUGAAAAUAAAGAUUAGGUGAUGUUAAGCAGUAAGAUGUAAUGAGAAAUAGCUCCGGUGUAUCAAUCGAAUAAACUUCUGUGUAAUCACGAAAAAUAGUCUUUUAAGUAAUAAUGAUAAAUUAUAAAUGUAAAAAAUAUAUAUAUAUAUAUAUAUAUAAAUAUAAUUAUUUUCUUUUGAGUUAACCAAA